UCGGAUAAUCCUCUCGGAAUACGUGGUUCCCACCAAACUUCCACUUCAUAAUGCGUUCUAAAGCAGAGGUUUUCCAAGAACACUUCAACGUGCGCACGUAUGAAGAGGCCAGUAAUAUAUAUCAGGCUAACUCAGAUUCUGGUCCUCGACUACCCUUAUCGAGUUGUACGAAGCUCACGCUUCCAUACGAAGCAUCGAGCCACCCAGGGAUACCCUCAUUUGAAGAAAUUGCAAUAGGCAUGAAGAACAACAAAAUCAGCGAACGUUUUGGUUACCGCGACGAGAACUGCAAGGUCCGUGUGCCUAAGCUAUAUGCACUAUUUAGUCGAGGAGGAGACAUUCAUCCGCCAUACUAUAUGGUAAUGGAAUUUAUUGAAGGUGAAUUAAUGAAUUACAAGAAAUGGGUCAGUCUGAGUAGCGAGCAACGCGAGAAGGUCCACUGCAAGAUAUCAGAGCAAUUGCAGCUGCUUCGCUCUGUUCCCUCUGAGGGCUAUUAUGGUCGAGUCAAGACUCAAGGCUUCUACCCCCAAAUAACGUUCGUACAAACAGAUGGGGAGCAGAUUCGUGGUCCAUACAGAUCAUACGAAGAUCUCCUCUCAGCAAUGCACGCCGCUGCUGAGAUACAAGGAGGAAUCACGAUCAGUUCUGAAAACGAUCCCGAAGUAUACACUCCAGAGCAAAAGCUUCACCUAUCAGAAUUCAAAUUCAGACUAGGUAAGUGCAGCGGACACGAACCUAAGCUCACACACGUGGACCCCGGAAUGCAGAACUGGGUAGUUCGACCACUAGAUGGAUCAAUGCAGAGUGCGUCGGACUAUGAGGUCACCUUCAUUGACUGGGGUGGUCUUGGAUGGUUUCCUGCUUGGGUGCAAAUGGCAAGUUUCGACACUGCAAUCCGUGGCACGUUCUAUGACAAAACUACAGGAUUCGAUGAGAAUGAAGAGAAUCGGUUUCUGGCAAGGGUGGCACAGGGCCUCGAGGAGUCUUAUGCAGAGGCGAGGGAGUUUUAUGGCAAGGUGUUCGAAUCUUGCUCGUAUGGAAUAUAUUAAGGACAG